AUGUCGAACCCCGACGUGGAGGCCGCCGGCCCGGCCAGGGCGGCGACGACGACGGGGAUCAAGCCGCCGCCGGGGAGGUACUACGCGGGCGGCGACGGGCAGCAGCACGCCCCGCCGGUGGCGCCCUUCUACUACGGCCAGGAGGCGGAGCGCGAGCGGCAGCACCACACGUGGCUGGUGCCGCUGGUGGUGCUGGCCAACGUGGCCAUGUUCGUCGUGGUCAUGUACUACAAUGACUGCCCCCGCAACGGCAGGGGCGCCGACUGCCUCGGCGGCGGCUUCCUCCGCCGCUUCUCCUUCCAGCCGCUCAAGGAGAACCCCCUCUUCGGGCCCUCCUCCGCCACGCUGGGGAAGUACGGCGGGCUGGACCGGUACAAGGUGGUGCACGGGGGGCAGGGGUGGCGGCUGGAGACGAGCACCUGGCUGCACGCCGGCCUCAUCCACCUCGGCGCCAACAUGAUCAGCCUCAUCUUCGUCGGCGUCCGCCUGGAGCAGCAGUUCGGAUUCUGGAAGGUCGGCCUGGUCUACCUCUUCUCGGGGCUGGGCGGGAGCGUGCUCUCGGUGCUCUUCAUCAGGAACGGCGUCUCCGUCGGCGCCUCCGGCGCGCUCUUCGGCCUCCUCGGGGCCAUGCUGUCGGAGCUCAUCACCAACUGGACCAUCUACACCAACAGGCUGGCGGCCAUGGCGAACCUGAUCAUCAUCGCCGCCAUCAACCUGGCGCUGGGGAUACUGCCCCACGUCGACAACUUCGCGCACAUCGGCGGGUUCCUCACCGGCUUCCUCCUCGGCUUCGUGCUGCUGAUCCAGCCCCGGUUCGGGUGGCUGGAGCAGCCCUUCGGCGGCAAGACAAAGUCCAAGUACACGGCCUGCCAGAUCGUCCUCCUGGUCGUCGCCCUCCUCCUAGCCAUUGCAGGGCUUGCUGUAGGGUUGCUGAUGGUGUUCCGCGGGGUGAACGGCAACGACCAUUGCAGCUGGUGCCACUACCUUACCUGCGUCCCGACGUCGCACUGGAAGUGUGACAACUAA